CAAAAUGAGGAAGAAGCUCAUUUUCACAGCGUCGCUCUUUGACCAGGAUGGGAAACACAAUAAAAUACGACGAACUGAAAGCUCUUAUAGAAAGCAACAAGGAACUGGUUCUGAUCGAUGUCCGCUCCGAUGGUGAGGUGGCUGGAGGAAUUAUCCCUGGUGCCAUUCACAUUCCCAUUCACACACUAGACACUGCUCUUAGCAUGAACCCAGAAGACUUUAAAGCCAAGUAUGGCAUAGUGAAGCCACCACUGAAUGUUCCUCAAAUGGUGUUUUACUGCCAGUCAGGCGGGCGAUCAAUGAUGGCAACAGGAAAGGCGGUCAACAAAGGAUAUACUAAUGCACGUAAUUAUGCUGGAGCCUACAGUGAAUGGUCAAGAAAAGAAAGGAAAUUAUCUUUUUAAGGAGAAGCCUCAUAUUGUGCAUUAUAUUCAUACAAGUUUUGCAAAUAUUUUGAUGUUGUUGACUCAGAAACUGUAGUCUGAAGUUAAAGCGCACAAUAAAUUAACAUGAAAUAAAAUGUUUUUUAUUCUUAAAACUGUUUUUGUGAGAUUACUGGAGUGGUUUAAUAAAAAAAAACUGUUCCAAUUCUGCCUGGUGUAUAAAUAAAGUCAUAAAUGCAU